CCUUAAUCGUCGUUUAUACCCAUCCUCAAAUUCAUCCGGAAACAUCGCAUCAUAAAUUACCUAGUAUACAUCGAAAAAUUAUCGACCAAAAACACAUCCAACUACAUGCACCCUACAAAAUGGCUACGACUACGAUAACGGCGACAGUUCGAAAGAAGGAUGCCAACCUUCCGCCAGAGAACGAGCGAUUCUUGCGAUGUUGCGCUGACAUUGCGAAUGCUCUCAUCGAAGACCAUGAGGCAUCCAAGAAUCCCAAGAAUCCCAAGAGAGAUAUUAAUCUCAACAGCCUACGCUCUAAAUUUUCGAGGAAGCACAAGAUCGCUAGCAUGCCCCCGCUGACUGCCAUUAUCGCCGCCGUCCCCGAACACUAUAAGAAAUAUAUCCUACCCAAACUCAUCGCAAAGCCUAUUCGCACUUCUUCUGGUAUUGCAGUUGUAGCUGUCAUGUGUAAACCUCACAGAUGCCCUCAUAUCGCGUUCACUGGCAACAUCUGUGUCUACUGCCCAGGUGGUCCCGACUCCGACUUCGAAUACAGCACACAAUCUUAUACAGGCUACGAACCAACCUCCAUGCGCGCUAUUCGCGCCCGAUACGAUCCUUUUGAACAAGCUCGAGGUCGUGUCGACCAGUUAAAAUCUCUCGGUCACUCGGUCGAUAAGGUCGAAUAUAUUAUCAUGGGCGGUACAUUCAUGUCGCUCCCUAUUCCUUAUCGGGAAGAGUUCAUUUCCCAACUUCACAAUGCUCUAAGUGGGUACCAGACGACAAACGUCGAUGAAGCAGUCGAGGCUGGCGAGAUGAGUAACGUGAAGUGUGUUGGUAUUACUAUCGAAACUCGACCAGAUUACUGCCUUCAACCGCAUCUUACUGAUAUGCUUCGCUAUGGAUGUACACGUUUGGAAAUUGGUGUGCAAUCAUUAUACGAGGAUGUCGCACGAGAUACCAAUAGAGGGCAUACCGUUGCGGCAGUCGCGGAAACAUUCUGCCUUGCUAAGGAUGCUGGAUACAAGGUCGUUUCACAUAUGAUGCCCGAUUUACCGAAUGUGGGCAUGGAACGUGAUCUAGAUCAAUUUAGAGAAUACUUCGAAAAUCCGGCAUUUCGAACUGACGGAUUGAAGAUAUAUCCUACAUUAGUUAUUCGCGGCACAGGUCUCUAUGAGUUAUGGAGGACAGGCCGUUACAAGAACUAUACUCCAAAUGAUUUAAUUGACAUCGUCGCGAGGAUCUUAGCACUAGUCCCCCCUUGGACCAGGAUCUAUCGGGUUCAGAGAGAUAUUCCAAUGCCGCUAGUUACAUCCGGUGUUGAGAAUGGAAAUUUAAGGGAAUUGGCUCUUGCACGAAUGAAAGACUUCGGUACGACCUGCCGUGAUGUGAGAACACGCGAGGUCGGCAUCAAUGAGGUCAAGCACAAGAUCCGGCCAAGUCAGAUCGAACUAGUUCGUCGUGACUACACUGCCAAUGCCGGAUGGGAGACAUUCCUAGCUUACGAAGAUCCCAAACAAGACAUCUUGGUUGCUUUGCUUCGCCUGAGAAAAUGUACCGAGAAAUAUACCUUCCGCGAAGAAUUAACCGGCCAGCAGACAAGUCUGGUUAGGGAACUUCACGUCUACGGAACCGCCGUACCGGUACACGCCAGGGACCCUAAGAAAUUUCAACACCAGGGCUUCGGUACUCUCCUUAUGGAAGAAGCAGAACGUAUCGCACGUGACGAGCAUGGAAGCGACAAAAUAAGCGUCAUUAGUGGCGUUGGAGUGCGAAGCUAUUACAAAAAACUUGGGUAUUGGUUAGACGGACCUUACAUGAGCAAGUGGCUCGAUGGUCGCCCCCAAGAUAAAUGUUGAACGCACAGGACUCGUUCUUAACGCAUUCGCCCACAUAUCGUCACGUCUCUUGCACAAUUUACAACACACGCCACGAAGGAAACAUAUCCGGUAGUAAAUCAAUGGCGCGUUCAAC